AUGACCGACUAUGAUCCCCCGUACGGAUUCGCCAUACGCAGAGAUGGCAUCUGCCUUAGAGGAGAAUGCCAGACCGAUGCAGGGAAGGAUCCUGUAACAUCUCAACAUUUCUACCGAUGCUGCCCCACCAACGACACUUGCAGCGACCAAAACACAGGGAUAUGUUGUCCAGAUAAAAAAGACUGCAGAUCGGAUAUCAGUAAACCAGCACACUGCGCCAACGCAACCUGGGAUCUUUACCAAAACUAUGAUGGCGGAUAUUUCUGUUGUGACCAGGACCAAUACGGGUUUAAUAGGACUGAGGGAGGUGUUGGGUGUGGGACAGAACAGGAUCUUGAUAUUGAGAGUAGGACGUCAUUAAGCCCAGUUUCACUUGGCACGACCCCAACACCGAGCAGCUCGCCGACAUCAAGCAGCCCCCAAACAUCAAGCAGCUCCCCGACAUCAAGCAGUUCCCCAACAUCUAGCAGCCCCCCAACAUCGAGUAGCUCUUCCAGUUCCAAUACUGGCGCUAUCGCAGGUGGUGUUGUUGGCGGUGUUGCCGGGUUAGCAAUCAUUCUCGCCUUGCUUUGGUAUUUCAUGCGUCGUCGCCGACAGAAGCAAUCACCCCAAACGCAGAUGCCCAUCACCGAAGCAUCAAUGUUGCAGCACGAGUCUCUUCAGCCCCCGGGCAUACCGAGCGAGUUAGACGGCCGAGGUUCUGUCUCAGAGCUACCUAGCCACAAAGAUACUGUCCACGAGUUGCCGGAAUCUGGAGAGGGUCGAUGA